AUGGGGAAUAACACCAACGGCGGAUGGGAGUGGAAGCUAUCUUGGAGGACGGCUCUUUUUGAUAGUGAAAUUCAAAUGGCAGAUAAUUUCCUUGGAGAACUAUCACAGCAGCAGAUUCAGACAAAUAGGGAGGAUAGGUGCAGCUGGAAGCAUGAUCAAACUGGAUACUACUCAACAAAAAGCGGAUAUGACUUGAUAUGGGAAGCACAGAUGGGAGCUAAUCAGAAUUUGGACUUUGUGGACAUUUGGAAGCUCAAAAUACCAAGUAAAUCACUGGUUUUUGCUUGGAGGCUAAUUAGGGACAGACUUCCAACUAGGAUGAAUCUUAGAAGGCGGCAGGUUGUGAUAAUUAAAUGA